UUAAGGAGGAUUUGGGGAGACUUGGUUGUUCCUAGAUUAAAUAAAAGAAAUGGGUCCACAAUUGCGGCAGAAUCUGAGACUUAACAUUUGUUCUGACAGAAACGAGAAUGAGUGUGAAGUGGAAGGUAAAAUACCUAGUACCUACUUAGAAAAUGCAGCCACUGCCAUUUUUUCUUUCCACACCAACCGUAUUUCCAUGCCUUAUUCAAGUUAUUUUCCACUUCCUUUUCUUUUAUUAUAACACCACCACCAUCAUAUAUAUAUAUAUAUAUAAAUCUUUCAAUUCACUUUAGUGUAGUUUAUGCUGUCUCUCUUUGUGGUUUCUUCAUAUGAAAUAACGAAGAGGGAAAAACCCAGACAUGAGUGACAUAAAACCCAAGUUUCUGGAGGUCUACUCUGCACUUAAAUCAGAGCUUCUUGAUGACCCGGCUUUUGAGUUUACUGAUAAUUCUCGCCAAUGGGUUGAGCGUAUGCUAGAUUACAAUGUUCCUGGAGGAAAGCUGAACAGAGGGUUGUCUGUCAUUGAUAGCUACAAGUUGUUGAAAGAAGGGAAAGAGCUGAGUGAUGAUGAAUUUUUUCUUGCAUGUGCCCUUGGUUGGUGCAUUGAAUGGCUUCAAGCAUACUUUCUUGUUCUCGAUGAUAUCAUGGAUGGCUCUCAUACACGCAGAGGUCAUCCAUGUUGGUUCAGGCUUCCUCAGGUUGGGAUGAUUGCUAUCAGUGAUGGCUUAAUUCUGCGAAACCAAAUCUUCAGAAUUCUCAAGAAGCACUUUAGAGGAAAGCCUUAUUAUGUAGAUUUGCUAGAUUUAUUCAAUGAGGUGGAAUUUCAAACAGCCUCGGGUCAAAUGAUAGACUUAAUUACCACACUUCAAGGAGAGAAAGACCUAUCAAAGUACUCAUUGUCAAUUCACCGCAAGAUUGUUCAGUAUAAGACGGCUUAUUACUCAUUUUACCUCCCAGUUGCAUGUGCAUUGCUUAUGGCAGGGGAGAAUCUUGACAAUCAUACUGAUGUGAAGAAUGUCCUUGUUGAAAUGGGGACCUAUUUUCAAGUACAGGAUGAUUUUCUAGAUUGUUUUGGUGAUCCCGAGGUAAUUGGCAAGGUCGGAACUGAUAUCGAAGACUUCAAGUGCUCUUGGUUGGUAGUAAAAGCUCUGGAACGUGCUAAUGAGGAGCAAAAGAAGUUGUUAUAUGAGAACUAUGGAAAAGAUGAUCGAGUAUGUGUUGCCAAAGUGAAAGAGCUAUAUCAAACUCUGGAUAUUCAGGGUGCGUUUGAGGAGUACGAGAGCAAGAGUUACGAGAAGAUAAUGAAACAAAUCGAGGGUCAUCCAAGCAAAGCAGUACAAGCGGUGUUGAAAUCUUUUCUGGCAAAGAUAUACAAGAGGCAAAAAUAGAAACUUAAACAAAGCAGAGAGAAUAAACACAGGAGACUAUGUAGUUCUAAUAUAUUUAGUAUUGAUAUUAUACUAUUAGAGGGGAAUAAAUAGCUAAUGAUGUAGUCACAUGAUGAAUCUCUAGAGAGUAGUAGUGAAAAAUAGAGGGUUAGAUGGUAGUUAAACAAUGAAUAAUAGAUAUUACAACCAUGAAGCAUUUGUAUCUUGCAGGUGAUACUUAGUAAAACUUUGUGUUGUGUGCUAUGAAAUUGAUAUCCCAUGUGUCAUUUUAUGUACA